AUGGUUUCUUUUUGGCCCUGGAAGGGCGAUGACAACUCUGCGGCUUCCUUUGAGAAGACCCUAUCCACGCUGUCGACCAAGAUCGCCCAGGCCACUGCACGACUCGACCAGCAACGUCAGUCCUCUCGGCGCAUCAAGGCUCUCUGGACGCUCUACUCGACAUUUGCCUAUCUAUUUUACUCCAUCUUUCUCGCCCUCAUACUAGGAUGGGAGAGCUGGGGGGUCAAGGAAUAUGCAGCUAUCGCAUGCGGGCCGGUUCUGAUCUACGGUGUGCGCACUCUUAGCUCCAAAAUCUUCGAAUACCGAAUCUCCCGCAUCCAACGCCGCCUUGACGACUUUCACAAGCAGCGCGAGGAGACAAUCGAAAAGCUCAAGAUCGCAACCAAGUACAACUCCACCCAGCAACUGCUGGAGAAGUACGGCGGCGAAUCCCCCAAACCCCCUCCGGGCGCAAAGCUUCAGGACGAGAAAUGCCAGCCUACCCAGCAGCAACAGCAUGUGGCCCGCACCGGUCUCCCGCCGCCGCCCACUGCCAACAUCCGCCGUCCUCCCUCCGUACCGCAAACCCCGAAUGACCCGCCAUUCCCCAGUUCUCCCUCUCCUCCUCUCGAACUAGCCCAAGGCCCGCAAACCCCACAGCAGCCCUCUUUCUCGCCUACUUUCCCUCCCCAAACACCCACCGACCAACCCGGCUUUGCACCCAACGCAUUCACUCAGAACGGCGAAUCCAUCGAACAACCGCACUGGUAUGACCGUCUCUUGGACGUUCUGCUGGGAGAAGAUGAAACACAACCCCGCAACCGGAUGGUCAUGAUCUGCACCGCGUGUCGGCUCGUGAACGGCCAGGCACCCCCUGGGAUCAAAACACCGGAAGAGCUGGGCCGCUGGCGGUGCGGCAGCUGUGGAGCUUGGAAUGGCGUGGAAAGCGAGGCAACACAGAUCCUCACCAGUCUACGUCAAGAUACUGUGCCAGCUGAGGGUACUUGGGAGCCUGUGUCGAAGGCGGAGACGGAUACCCAAUCCUCCGAGGGCACAGAAGAGGGUGUGAUGGUGGCUUCCAGUGAGGAGGAACAAGUGGACUCACUUGGCUCUGAUGCGGAGGAACAGACAGAAGAGGAACCUAAGCCUGCCCCUGUGCGGCGGUCUAAGCGCGGUGCAAAGGGAGACAAGGCACAGCAGUAG